AUGGUCGAAAGCAAAAAUCUCUAUUUGAUAGGACUUCUUCCUAUACCUAUGAAUUCCAUUGGACCCAAAAAUGAUACAUUGGAAGAAUCCGUUGGGUCUUCCAAUAUCAAUAGCUUAAGAAUGCUGUUGCACAAGACCCCAGCAUCCCAAGCAUCCAGUCUGGUUCAAAGAUCAAAUAUUACAGACCUUGAAGAUUUACGUACAUCUAGGUCAUUGGUAAGAAAGGUGUUAGGUGAAGGUUUGUUGAGGUUGCAAGCGGAGGACACCAAACAAACAAAACCAAUUAGAUGGGAGCUGGGGGCCUGUUGGGUUCAACAUUUACAAAAUCAAAGUGCAGGCAAAACUGACUCUAAAAAAGGUGAAGAUAAAGUUGAGCAAGCUGUAAAGGGUCUUGGAAAAACUGGUGGACUGCUCAAGGAUAUUAAGAAAAAACUAGAUGACCGAAACUCAAAAUCUGAGCAAAGAAAAGAAGCUGCAAAUGAUGGUUUUGAUGUGGGAAAGAAAGAGCUUGAAGAGUUAGAUGAGGCAAAGGAAACGAUGUGGAAACAACUGCUUUCUGAAGCAUCAUACUUGCGCCUUAAAGAUUCAGAGACUGGUCUUCAUCUUAAGUCGCCCAGCGAGUUGAUUGAGAUGGCACACAAAUACUAUGCUGAUACUGCACUUCCAAAACUGGUGGCUGAUUUUGGCUCCCUUGAACUUUCACCAGUCGACGGAAGGACGCUGACUGAUUUCAUGCAUACGAGGGGUUUGCAAAUCUGCUCCUUAGGACGUGUGGUCGAGCUUGCAGACAAACUUCCUCAUGUACAGUCACUCUGUAUACAUGAGAUGGUUGUUCGAGCUUACAAACAUGUAUUGCAUGCUGUUGUAGCAGCAGUAGAUAAUAUUGGUGACUUGGCCUUGUCAAUUGCAUCAUGUUUAAAUGUACUGUUAGGAACAGCAUCUGAAGGAAAUGCUGAUUCAGAAAUUACUAAUGAUGAUAACUUGAAAUGGAAGUGGGUGGAAACUUUUCUUUUUAAAAGAUUUGGGUGGAAAUGGAAGGACGAAAACAUCCAUGACCUCAGAAAGUUUGCCAUUCUUCGUGGGCUUUGCCAUAAGGUUGGACUGGAGCUUGUUCCCAGGGACUAUGAUAUGGAUACAUCUUGCCCUUUUAAGAAGACAGACAUUAUAAGCAUGAUACCUGUAUACAAGCAUGUUGCGUGUUCAUCAGCUGAUGGGCGUACUUUGUUAGAAUCAUCAAAAACAUCCUUGGAUAAAGGCAAACUGGAGGAUGCUGUUAAUUAUGGAACUAAGGCACUCUCCAGAUUUGUAUCAGUUUGUGGACCUUACCAUAGAAUGACAGCUGGAGCAUAUAGUCUUCUUGCCGUGGUUCUCUACCAUACCGGAGAUUUUAAUCAGGCUACAAUAUACCAGCAAAAAGCUUUGGAUAUAAAUGAGAGGGAGCUUGGACUUGAUCACCCAGAUACAAUGAAAAGUUAUGGAGACUUGGCUGUUUUUUACUAUCGGCUCCAGCAUACAGAGUUGGCCUUAAAGUAUGUCAAUCGCGCAUUGUAUCUCUUGCAUCUAACUUGUGGACCAUCUCAUCCAAAUACGGCUGCGACUUACAUUAACAUUGCAAUGAUGGAAGAAGGUUUGGGCAAUGUCCAUGUUGCUCUGAGGUACCUCCACGAGGCUCUUAAAUGCAAUCAAAGACUUCUUGGAGCUGAUCAUAUCCAGACUGCAGCCAGCUAUCAUGCUAUAGCAAUUGCUUUCUCUUUGAUGGAAGCAUAUUCAUUGAGUGUUCAGCAUGAACAAACCACUCUUCAAAUACUGCAGGCAAAACUUGGGCCAGAUGAUCUUCGUACACAGGAUGCGGCUGCAUGGCUUGAAUAUUUUGAGUCAAAGGCCCUGGAGCAGCAAGAAGCAGCGCGGAAUGGUACCCCAAAACCAGAUGCCUCUAUUUCUAGCAAAGGACAUUUAAGUGUGUCAGAUUUGCUGGAUUACAUAAUGCCGGAUGAAGUAAGGGAUGCCCAAAAGAAACAAGCUCGUGCAAAGGUUAAAAGCAAACUAGGACAAAAUGGGGAGGCUGUUGAAGAUAAAUAUAACAAGGAUGAAUUGCUAUCACCAGCUCAUUCUGUGGUGGAGAAUUCCAGUGAUAAAGAGAACAAAUCUGAGCUGCUAUUUAUGGAAACCAUUGACAAGACCCAUGAUUUACUUCCAGCAGAGCAAACAAUAUUAAAUGAACAUGAUGAUCUUGUGCAGGAUAAUAGAUCUGAAGAAGGAUGGCAAGAAGCUUUACCUAAGGGUCGCUCAUCGAUGGGCCAAAAGCCUCCUGGCUCAAGGAGGCCCAACCUCGCAAAACUGCACACCAACUUAAUGAACACUUCUCAGGUAUCCAAAUUCCGUGGUAAAAGCACCACUUUCUCAUCUCCAAGGACAUCAUCUAAUGAGUCUGCUGCUGCUUCCACACUUACUCCUGCUCCAAAGAAGUUUGGGAAGAGUGCUAGCUUCAGUCCAAAGUCAAUCAAUCCUGCAAUUUCAAGUGGUGGUGUAGAAAAAUCAGCUAACCCAAAAUCAGCCCCGGCGAGCCCUGCUUCUACUGAUCCAGUGAGUAAGGCUGAUCAAACCAUAAGUUCGGUCAGUAUUCAGACAGCUGGAAAACAUUUUUCCUACAAAGAAGUUGCUUUAGCUCCACCUGGUACAAUAGUGAAGGCAGUGACUGAAAAGUUUCCAAAUGAAAGUUCUGCAGAAGCAAGUCUUCCCAUAAGGAAGGAGACAGGCGUGGCAUCUAAAAGUGAAGUGGUAGAAAGGAAUAAUGGGGAGGAAAGACAAGUGAACAGUCCCAUCGAAGAGAAAUCAACAGUGGAUCUUGAUGGGCAAAUGGAUGAAGAUUCCAACAGCAAAGAACAGAUAGAAGAGAUAGCUACUACCUUAGUAAAAUCUUUAGAACGAGAUGAAACUGAAGAUUCUAAAGGAAAGGGAUCUGAAGUCACUGAGGGUAAGCAAGAAAGGAGUAUUGUUGAAAGCAAGGAAGGAGAAGCCGGGCAAGGUUUUGUUUUGGAAGGUGAGAAUUCUAGUUCUUCUGAAAAGUCAGAACUUGGCACUUCGAAAGUGGAAGUGUCUGAAAGACCAGGUUGCAAAUGUAAGGAAGCGUCGUCUGAGAAUGAACCUAUCUCUACUUCAGCAGAAAAAACCACCCCGCUGUCACAAAAACAUGAAUUUAACCCAAAAGACGAAGUAGAAGCUAUACAGGAGAAGCUUUCUACUGCAAAUGAAGCAAACGAAGAUAAAGAAAUUGCAAGUUCAUUGCCAAAUGAAGGAGUAAAACAAGGGGAUUGUGAGACUGGAAAAGGAACAAGCAAGAAACUUUCUGCAGCUGCUCCUCCAUUUAAUCCAUCAUCAGUUCCGGUUUUUGGCUCAGUUCCAGUGCAAAGCUUUAAAGAGCUUGGAGGAUUAUUGCCCCCUCCUGUAAAUAUUCCACCACUGGUUCCAGUUAGUCCAGCUCAUAGAUCAUCACAUCAGUCAGCAACUGCAAGAGUUCCAUAUGGUCCCCGACUCUCAGGUGGCUAUACUGGAUCAAGAAAUCGGGUACCACGUAAUAAAACUGUUUACCACAGUGAUGAACAUAAUGGGGAUGCAAGUCAUUUCAGCCUGCCACGAAUAAUGAACCCACAUGCGUCUGAGUUUGUCCCUGGCCAGCCAUGGGUUCCAAAUGGUUAUCCAAUUGCUCCAAAUGGUUAUAUAGUUUAUUCAAAUUGUACUGCUGUAUCACCAAAUGCUUAUUCUAUACCCCAAAAUGGUGUACUAGUUUCACCAAAUGGCUCUUCAGCACCUUCGCAUGUUUUUCCUGCAACUCAAAAUGGGUUACCAGUACCAGUAGAAUCUGUAGAAACUCGUUCAGUUGCAGAACAUGUUGAAGGUCAGAAUGAAGUAGGAUCAGAUGGAUGUAAUGAGGAGUCCUCCAUGAACUUGACAGUUGAAAGCUCAAUAGUCAAGAAAGCUGAAGAGAAUCAAUCUGACGAUGGUGAAAAACCAUGUGAUGAUGAGUCUGGAGUUGCCGAAAAGUCAUGUACAGAUCCUGAAAAAAAGAGCACAGAUACGGCAACCCAAAUUCCUGAGAUUGUUGCUGCAAAAGAAAGCUGUGGUAGCAUUCUGGUGGAGAAGACUAAAACUAAAUGUUGGGGAGAUUAUAGUGAUGGUGAAACUGAGAUUGUUGAGAUCAAAAGUUGAGAAAGUCUUAAGUUCUGAUGGGCUAUAACUUUUUGAUAGAACUGAACGGUCAUAGUGCCAAGUUGUUGGACAUGCAACAAUGCCAAGAGCAAUAAGCGAGACUUGGUAGUGAAAGUCCAGGAGUUCUGUAGCUAAGAUUCUAUCUUGUGGGAAGGGCCAAUAUAGCUGAUGAGGUACCAAAUAUGAGUUUGACU